UUUAACCAAAAAAUCAAAAAUCUCAGAGAAGUCAAAGGCCUCUUUCACAAUGGUCAAAGACAAAGAUCCUACCAAUUUCUCUCGCACUUUCAAAUACUUACUCGCUACGCAGUUCUUGUCUAGAGGAAUUCCAUUUGUGUUCAAUUCAUGGAUCGUGAGGCAUCUCACAGAAUCCGACUACGCGCUUUACGCGGUUCAAUUCCAUCUUUUCGUUACCUGCAUCUUGUUUCUAAGUCGCGAGGGGUUCCGGCGAGCUUGCCUGCGUGCAGACAUGAAAUGUGAUGGCACAUCAUUGGAAGGAAACACAGUGAAGCUAAUGAAAGUUGCUUGGAUGACUCUCCCACUUGGAAUAGUUAUUACAAUAGCAGCCUGUUUUUUUGUCUUCUGGUGGCAAAAUAUAAGUUAUUCCAACCCAUAUGCACAGGCUAUCUUGAUUAAUGGUUGUGCUUGUUUACUUGAGCUAUUAGCCGAGCCAUUAUAUAUCCUUUCUCAGAACUUGCUUCUGCUUAAAUUGCGGUUGAUCGUUGAAGCUGCAGCCACACUUUCGCGGUGCUUAACUAUGUAUAUCCUCAUUGUCAAUCAAACUGACAUGGAGAAAGGGAUUGUAUUUGCAUUGUCACAGACUGCAUAUGGGGCUUGCUUGUUCCUAGGCUAUUGGGGCUAUUUUCUUCUUUUUCGUGCCUUUAGAAGUUCUGAUCUUUUCCCGUUUAGGGCAGGAAAUUUGAAGGAUUAUGACAGGCAGCUGUCAAACAUGUGUUUUUUGUUUACCCUUCAGUCCUUGCGGAAGUUGAUCCUUCAAGAAGGAGAAAAGCUUGUACUUGUGUGGCUAGAUACACCAUAUAAUCAAGCUGUGUAUGGACUUGUAGACAAACUAGGAAGCUUAGUGGUAAGGUUGGUGUUUCUUCCUUUUGAAGAAAGUUCAUAUGCUACCUUUGCAAGGUCUGCGUCAGGACAACAUCCAGAUAGAAGCAGGAGGUUGGGAAAUUGCCUUGCAGAGGCCCUGAAGUUAGUUCUGUUAAUUGGGCUUGUAUUUAUGGCAUUUGGACCAAGUUAUUCUUAUUCUCUCAUCAGAUUAUUGUAUGGUCAGAAAUGGAGUGAUGGCGAAGCAUCAACAGCCCUCCGGUAUUAUUGUGUUUAUAUCAUUGUUUUGGCUAUGAACGGAACUUCUGAAGCAUUUCUACACGCCGUUGCAACUGAGAACCAACUCAAACGCUCAAAUGAUUCAUUACUUGUAUUCUCGGUGAUUUAUAUAGUACUGAAUGUCCUGCUGAUACGAUCAGCCGGUGCAGUUGGCUUAAUAUUGGCAAAUUCUUUAAAUAUGGUUUUGAGGAUUAUAUACUCCACUCUGUUCAUAAAGCGUUAUUUCCAGGAUUCUUCAUUUUCCUUUUCCAGCUGCUUGCCUUCAGGAUGGAAAGUUCUAUUGUUUUCAGGUGUAACUACUCUCAUUUCUGAGAAGAUAUUUUUGGAUCGUAAAAAUUUCUGGCCAACAUUUUUCAUUCAUUUUUCAAUUGGGUUGGCUUGCUUCUGUGUGUCAUCUUUUGUCAUCUAUCGCCGUGAGAAGCCUUUCAUCAACAAAAUUAUCCGUUUUCGUGAUCAUUCGGAUUGAAGAACUGACAUUUGCCCAACAAAUCUGGAGCAAAAACAACAGAGAGUUAAAGCCAAAUUCAAGAACAUAUUUUUUAAUGAAAACUUCAGAAAUCAGUUUUGGAAGAAGCAAUAUGAGCAAGAGCUACCGCAUUGAAAAGCUUUGGGGGCGUAAUCUUUAUUUUGAUGGUGAUUCUUUGUUUUCAUUUUAUAUUUAAAGCAACACCAUUUUGGCUGUGGUGCUAGGAAACUUUUGUAAAAUUUGGAUGUAGGAUAUCCAUGGUUUUAAAUACUAGUUUCUCUUUAGGAAAUUAGGAAUGGCAAUGGAUUGAGUUUGGUUUUAAAUAUUAA